AUGCAGAAGUCUGUUAACGUUGGUGGAGGUUUUCUUGUGGUUUUCUUGUGUUUUAUAGAUUGUUUUCAGGUUGGCUUUGCACAACCUGAUGCAAAUGCGAAAGGUACAAUUAGAAUUAGUUGGGAUGAUAUGAAGAUGGAUGAGCGUGGUGCAAGAUUGAUCAGUUAUAAAGAUGAUUACAAUGGAAGCCGAGUAAUUGUAGUUGACAAGAAUGGUGGAGGAGAUUCAUUAACAGUUCAAGGUGCAAUAGAUAUGGUGCCUCAGUAUAACACUCAAAGGAUUAAAAUUUACAUUCUUCCAGGGAUUUACAGGGAGAAGGUACUGGUGCCCAGAACCAAGCCGUAUAUCUCAUUGAUUGGAGACCAAAAUCAUGUUUGUGACACCAUAAUUUCUUGGAACAACAAGGCUUCAGAUGCAGAUAGCGAUGGCACUGCUCUUGGAACCUAUAGAUCAGCAUCGGUCACCAUAGAAUCUGAUUAUUUCUGCGCAUCCGGUGUCACCUUUGAGAAUACAGUAGUAGCAGAGCCUGGAGGACAGGGAAUGCAAGCAGUAGCAUUGAGAGUUUCUAGUGAUAAAGCAUUUUUCUAUAAAGUUAGGGUCUUGGGUGCUCAAGACACUCUCUUGGAUGAGACUGGAACCCAUUACUUCUACAAGUGCCACAUCCAAGGAAGUAUUGACUUCAUAUUCGGGAGAGCAAAAUCACUCUUUCAGGAUUGUGUCCUUCAAUCAACUGCUAAAAAAUCUGGAGCAAUUGCAGCUCACCACAGGGAUUCACCUGAGGAGGACACGGGUUUCUCUUUCGUAGGCUGCAUGAUCAAUGGAACUGGCAAAAUUUUGUUAGGAAGAGCUUGGGGAAACUAUUCAAGGACGAUUUAUUCAUACUGUUAUCUUGACGAUAUUAUAAAUCCUUCUGGAUGGAGUGACUGGAACUACCCAUACAGGCAAAAGACUGUGGUUUUCGGAGAAUACGAGUGCAGUGGAAGAGGAGCAACUGCAGGAGGCCGGGUACCAUGGUUAAGGCCUCUCAAGUACAAGGAUGCAAGACCGUACUUGGACAUAGGAUUCAUUGGUGGAGAACAAUGGCUUAAACUAUAG